CAAAAGUCCAUAUUUCAAAGUUAGCGCUGCAUUGCCUAGUUACCGAUCGAUAUGUAGUAUAAAAGCUUCCUUGUUGUCCCAACGUCUCCAGUUUAAACUUACAAGACAUCAUCGUUGUCGUCGUGAGGUUCUACUUGAACAAAACACAGAUUUCUAUUCUUUUUGAGAAUAUAUAACAACAAAACUAAUCAAAAUGAGGGAAUGUAUCUCCGUUCACGUUGGACAAGCUGGAGUCCAGAUCGGUAACGCCUGCUGGGAGUUGUACUGUCUUGAGCACGGAAUCCAGCCUGAUGGCCAGAUGCCAAGUGACAAGACCAUUGGAGGUGGUGACGACUCCUUCAACACCUUCUUCAGUGAGACUGGUGCUGGCAAACACGUCCCAAGAGCAGUCUUCGUUGACUUGGAGCCUACUGUAGUUGAUGAGGUCCGUACUGGAACUUAUCGCCAACUGUUCCACCCCGAGCAGCUCAUCACUGGUAAGGAGGAUGCUGCCAACAACUACGCCCGUGGUCACUACACCAUCGGCAAAGAAAUCGUUGACCUCGUCCUUGACCGCAUCAGGAAGUUGGCUGAUCAGUGCACUGGUCUCCAGGGAUUCCUCCUUUUCCACUCCUUCGGUGGAGGUACUGGAUCUGGAUUCACCUCCUUGUUGAUGGAGCGUCUCUCCGUCGACUACGGCAAGAAGUCCAAGCUUGAGUUCGCCAUCUACCCCGCUCCUCAGGUAUCCACCGCUGUUGUUGAGCCAUACAACUCCAUCUUGACCACCCAUACUACCCUCGAGCACUCUGACUGUGCUUUCAUGGUCGACAAUGAGGCUAUCUACGAUAUCUGCCGUCGUAACUUGGACAUUGAGCGCCCAACUUACACCAACUUGAAUCGUCUGAUUGGACAGAUUGUCAGCUCUAUCACCGCCUCUCUGCGUUUCGAUGGUGCCCUGAACGUUGAUCUGACUGAGUUCCAGACCAACUUGGUGCCCUACCCACGUAUCCAUUUCCCUCUGGCCACCUACGCCCCAGUCAUCUCUGCUGAGAAGGCCUACCACGAGCAGCUCUCAGUUGCUGAGAUCACCAAUGCUUGCUUUGAGCCAGCCAACCAGAUGGUCAAGUGUGAUCCUCGUCACGGAAAGUACAUGGCCUGUUGCAUGUUGUACCGUGGUGACGUCGUCCCCAAGGAUGUCAACGCUGCCAUUGCUACCAUCAAGACCAAGCGUACCAUCCAGUUUGUUGAUUGGUGCCCAACUGGUUUCAAGGUUGGAAUCAACUACCAGCCACCCACCGUCGUCCCCGGAGGUGAUUUGGCUAAGGUUCAACGUGCUGUGUGCAUGUUGAGCAACACCACCGCCAUCGCUGAGGCCUGGGCUCGUCUUGAUCACAAAUUCGAUCUCAUGUACGCCAAGCGUGCUUUCGUCCAUUGGUACGUUGGAGAGGGUAUGGAGGAGGGAGAAUUCUCCGAGGCCCGUGAGGAUCUGGCUGCCCUUGAGAAGGACUACGAAGAGGUCGGUGUCGACUCUGUUGAGGGAGAGGGUGAAGAGGAAGGUGAAGAAUAUUAA